AUGACGUCGCUUUCAAGUCAGCUUCAGUCACUUCGCACUGCAGUUGCGCAGCAUCAAACAGUAGAGCGACGGCAUGUUUCAUUAUUGUUUGCAAAAAAGGAAGCUGAGGUGCUCGACAGAGAAACUAUUUAUAACAUAGGCUGUACGGGUCUGCGGAAACUGAAGCAGCUUGAUCCAGAAUUUUUACCCAGUAACGAUCUUUUUGAAGAAUCUCGGCAACAUUUCCAGCGCUCCCUGAUAACCACUGAAGAAAAUAUAGCCCUCAACGAAAAGAUUGAAAAGCUGCUAUUUCAACUUUCUCCGUAUGUGCAGCACUUCGCAUGUCAACAAGUCUUGGAAUGGCUCAUUUUCAAAUACCAAAUUUACGCCUACAAUGCAGAGAGUUUAAUCCUUACAUUUAUUCCUUUUCACGAAACUAACCUUUUUGGUCGUCUACUCUCUAUUCUUGAUUAUAACUUUGCAACUUCGAAAGAUUGGUCGUUUCUGGAGGGUUUCAGCAAAAAGGAGUAUCCUGUUCCUUUCAGCUCCAUUGUAAAGAGCACUGUCUCGAGUACUCAUUCACUGAUCACUCGGAUUGGCGACCACCUCAACCUUGCGGUUUCUAGAUUUGGGAAAAACUUUCUGGAGAAGAAAUGUCAUGUACUGUUCACCUUUUAUGCGAAGCUUCUAAUAGCCGUAUUAGAAGAGACUUCAAAAAUUGAUGACUCCUUGUUGGCUAAAAUUAUCCCGCUUCUCGCAAAAUCGGAGUACUUCAGGGAUUUGAUAGCCGCUACAGAAAUAGUAUUGAGUCGUAAUGGUUUUUUUUAUAACAUCGGGUUUGUACCUGGACUCGAUUUUUUCUCCUUUUGUAUAAAAGAAGUUGUUGAUAAUAAUUUGCAGGAAAAAAAUGCUUUGGAACGUGCAGAAAUCAUGGCUUCUUCAUCUGAGUUUGUUCGGCGAUUGGAGUUUGUCGGCGAUCCUCUGAAGAAAGCCCGAGAAUGGAUUAAGAGGGAAAAAUGGGAUAAGGUGUCGUGGGCUUUCGAUGAAAUGAGUUCACGCAAAUCUUAUUUCUCUGAUAAGGUUGAUGGGGACAUUGAGAAAUUCGUCCUCGAGGUAAUCCAAGUUGCAGUCAAAAACCCAAAGUGUCCUGUGAUUGAGAAAGCAUGUUCUGUGCUUGCGGAGGUAUCUCAAGAAAAUCUUCAUGAAUUUGUGGAAAAAGACAUCUACCGAAAGAACCGUUCAGGAGUACAAUUUUCGUUUCUGUCCUUUCCUCUCGUCGUAAAAUCUACUUUUUAUAGAUCGUCCUGUGAGGAAAAUCCUUACACAACACCUGUGAUGAACUUACUGUUGGCAAUGCUGAAAACAACAGACAAACGUGAAAUUAAUCCUGCCGAUUUGGAAAUGGAUUUUGUUGUGGAGAUGAUGCGCACAACCUACAGCCACUGUGUUCUACGACAAUCGCUCCGUUUACUUACAGCUGCUGCACGAUUGUCGCCUUCUACUGUCACAUCUCACGUGAUGUCUGUUUUCACAUUUAUGGGAAAUGGAUUAUUUCGGAAGGAUAACGAGCUGACAUUGGGCAUUAUAGAAGACACAAUAGAAGGCCUUUUCCGCACGCCAUCAACUGAGAUGCAUACCCGCCUUGCAAGUGUAACCCGGAUUCUCGCAGCUUCCACUUGCGACAUUCCUGCUCAUCGGCGGUCGCGUAUCGCCCGUGCCAUUGUUCGUGCAGUUAAGUACUCCAACGUUUGGAUCAUAGUUGGUGUCCUUAUGGAACACUUCUGCGCGAGGUGGCAACGUUCAAUCGCGGACGAUGGCAAGCGAUCUCUCGAGUUAGACGCGUUUGAUGAUUUCGCAAUUGAAAUUUGUACCGUGCUUGAUCCUGUAUAUCAAUUUUCUGUUGUCUUGGAUCUUUUGAACUUCAUUGUAAGACUUGGUGGUGAUCGCCUUUCCCAUCGUCAGGAUAUAGCGCUUGAUCAAGCGGUUUUCGACAGAAGCAAGUAUUCUUUGCCAAAACUGCGACACUUCCGCUUCAUGACGAUGGGGCUAGUUGUCAGAGUACUCAGCAAUCGAAAUUUAUUUGAGAAGCUCGGAGUAAUGAACGACGAUGAUUUGUACCGUGCACUUCUUCCAGUUGGAAGACGUCUGAUAAUUUCUUCAGUCGAGCUAGACGAGUUUAUAGCUGGAGAGCGAGCUUUGGCAGAAGAAACUGAAGAGCAGCAAACCCAUCGUUAUUGGGUUGCAUUAUCAGGGAGAGCUGAGACGGUUUCCGAUAAAUUACGUCAUCUAUUGCCAGGAGCAAUAGCUGCAACUGUUAUAACAGACAUUCUAGAGGAUGAAAAAGCAGAUUGGAGGAUUCGUGAAAAAGCUCUUCACCUAGCGAAUUACAAAUUAGUUCACGAUGAAUACUUUUCCAUUGGGAGCGAAAGUAGCGUGCAACAUCUUGAAAGAAUGGCAUUUGUUCUCAAUAAAUGGAUUGUAAAGAAAAGGAGUAGCCCCGAGCAAGACGUCUUGUGCCAAAAUGCUGCAAUUUCUCUGAGAUUGGUGGCAAAACGCCUUUGUAGUAAUUCAAACACAUCAGUAUUUAUCGAUACAAUGUCGAAGUGCAUUGACAUUGUGUCUGAAUAUAAGGCCCUUGAUGACUGUUUGGUUGGAAACAUCCUGCUUCUUGCCGGAGAACUAGUGAGAUAUAUCGACGUGAAGUCGACCUUGGUGUCGGCAGUUCCUUUACUCACGACUUCCCUCGAGAUACUGAAUGAUUGUACUUCUGGCGAAAAGGUACGAAAAAUUUUCCAGCUCUUUCUUUUCGAUUAUGUAUCUGUCCUGACUUGUGUUCAGCGGAUAAUGGACCAGUUUGCUCCAUUUGUAUCUCAAUUUCUUCCGGAAAUUCUCGUGAAUUACUGUCGUUUAAACUCGACGAUUCCGCGGAGGACAUUGCUUGCACUGCGCAAAGGUAAUCUGGUAUACUUGACGUGCUUGAUUUUUGUUGCCAGAAGUAUGAAAUUCAGGCUUGGGUUUAUUCGUUCUUCUCUUCUGAAACUGGAACUUCGCAUCAUACCAAAGUAUUUCGCUAGGGCUGUUAUUGAUCUCCGACAUGAAGAAAAGUCUUUGAUCUGCUUGUUUUCACUGCUUGCGAACUAUUUUGAACAAAAGAAUCGUGCAGCAAUUACUUACAUCAGAGACACCUUGUUGAAGGAUGUUUUUCUCAAAGGACUAGAAUUUCGUGGUGCUGAAAGAAUUAGUUCGGAAAGUAUUAUCAACGUUGAGCGCAGUGUGUUUAAGUCUAUCAUGGCUAUGGCUGAGGUUUUGACUGAGAACACUCUUCGCUCAGUGGUCAAUGGUUUAGUAGAGUGGGCUGAAGAAGGACUGAAACCUUCGGCAACCGAUAGUGAGCGCAGUCGCCUUAUCACGGUUUACUCGUUUGCCAACAGUUUCUACGAUUCGUUCAACACUUUAUCGUUGCCGUACUUUGGCAGAUUAUUGGAAAUGUCAGUUAGAAUACUGAACGCAUGCAACGCCACAGUUCUCGGUGACUCGACAAUGCUUCUGUUUAGUAGCAGAAAGGGUACAGUGGAGGAAUAUGAAGCAGAUGUCUUAAUCAUUCAUGUUAUUGGCUUCAUCAGUAACUGUGCGCGACAUCGAGAGUUUUUAACCAAGUCAAGGCUGAUAGAACCAUUGGUGAACGAAUUAGUAAACAUUAAAGUGAAUGGUCACGAAAACAGGUGCAGAUACCAUCUAUCCAAUGCCCUGUAUCACCUAGCGGACACACAUCCCGACUUAUUUCAAGUUAUCUUGGAUAAGCUUUUGCUGAAAACCAGGAGCAGUAAGGCUAAGAUUCGCUAUCGGGGACUACUUGUGAUGGAGGCCCUUCUGGACAAAGUCGGAGACGGCGUCGCACCGCAUUUACCUACGGUCAUACCGUUUUUGAGUGAACUACUUGAAGGUGCUGGGUUUUUUGUUUUUGAAUGUUUCGACCACGUUCACACUCUGAACAGCGUAUUUCAGACGAAAAUCGCAACGUUGAAGGACAGUGUGAUCGUGUGGUGCGGUUACUUCAGAGCAAGUUUGGAGAAAAUAUCUGCGAAGGUUUCAUGUGAACGGUUUCCAUGUUCUUUGGUUGUUCCUUGA